AUGGCCUGGAUUUUCGUUCUGAAUCAGGCAGUAGGAGUCAGCAAAUUUCUCAACACAACACAGACAAUUAUUGGAAAUUUCAAAAAGGAACAAGAAAAGUUUGUAAAGGAAAACAAAUUGAAGAAGACAGCUUCAGCACUUCCACCAUGGGCUGGCUAUAAUGAUGAGGAGACUAUAAGGCAUCAAAUUCUCUCUCUGUCUACAGAACGACGGAACUUUCUUCGGGACCCUCCUGUUGGAGUACAGUUUAAUUUUGAUUUUGACAAAAUAGCCCCUGUUGCCAUUGUAAUGCUUCGGGAAGAUGAAAUGUUGAGCAAGAUGCGUUUUGAACUAGUGCCAAAACUUGUAAAGGAAGAGCAGUUCUGGAGAAACUAUUUCUACCGAGUAUCUCUCAUUAAACAAUCUGCACAACUCUCAUCACUGGCUGCGUGUCAAACUGAAAACUCCAAAGAGGAGUUGGAGCAGAACCUGAGCAAAAGCAUCCCAGCAACAGAUUCCACUCUGUCAAAGACGCCCUCAGUCCCAAUGAGAAAACAAAAUGAAUCUGUAGAAGUUCAUCCUUUAGAUGAGAUUUCAACAAGUCCAGUUGCUAAUGAAUUUGUGAGUGAUGCAUAUAACACAUCAGCCCUGAACCAGGAAGACUUCUUGAAAGGCAUGGAACAAUUGGGCAUGAGUGGUGAUCAGAAAGCAACUAUUGAUGAUGAUGACAUUCCAGAGUGGGAAAAGGAGCUACAAAGAGAACUUCAGGAGUUUGAAAUUGUGGAUGUGAAAGCAAAAGUUAGUGAAGCCUGGGAAAAAGAAAUCGAGGAGAUGCUUCAAGAAGAGGAUUAAAGGUUUCACAAGGAAACUGAUUUCAAAUACAGGAAUUCCACUUCUCUGAGAGAGUCUUUUCUGUGAGACCUAUUAUCUCAAAAGAUUUCUAAAGAAAUACAGAAUGCUACCAGUAGACAUUUUUGCUUCUUUUGUGAUUUAAGCAUCAACCUUAUCGCAACACCACUAGCUUUAUUACAGCUGCAAUUUGUACUUUGAGCCAUUUUUCUUAUUUUAAAAGCAAAUGACUUAAGUUUUCAAUGAUGGAAAAUAUUUUAGAAUGUAAGAAGCCAUGAGUGUUGUAGUUUUCAGUUGUAGCCAAAGUGUUCAAGUCACUUUUGUGAACAAUAUUUAAUUUCUCAGUGUAUAAACUGCAACUUUUUUAAAAUGCACAUUCUCUGUAGAAUCUUCCCCACACAACACAUACAGUUGCCCAAAAGGUCCAUGGUAGUGUAGCAUAUUGAUGCUGAAUAAAACUAAAAUGUAAUAUCUAAAGAUAGCUGAUAUUUGAUAUAACUUGGCAGCCUUGCGUUGGACUAAUUAAUAAAGCACACAUUGAAAAACCUAGGAAGCGGCAACAUCCUGUUAGGAGUAUUGAUUAGUCACUUUGGCAAAGAGAAGCUUUUGAAACUAGUUCGGAUGCUAGGCUUGACUUCCCAAUAACAUGAGAAAUUCCAUAUUUGAUUUGUGACCUGCGCUGAUUGGUUUAGCCUAGAUGAGAUACGGUAAGAGAUUGGCAGAUUAAGUUAUUUGUUGCCUGUAGAAUUCUCCUCUGUGCGUGCAUAUGAGCCUUCAGUAAAAUUGCAAAACCAAAUGUACAUAAAGCUGUUUCAGAGAUAGUAGGAACUACAGAUGCUGGAGAUGCUGGCCUGCUGUGUUCAUCCAGCUCUACACCUUGUACGUAAAGCUGAACUGUAUUUGAGUUCAAACAUCUUCCCUGCAUCUUCAAAGGCAAAAUGUUGUAAAGGAAUGAAGUAAAAACGUUUAUACAACUCUAAUUUGUUUUAUUUUUUGUUAAACCCUUGAUGCCUUAUGUAUGUUGUAUAUGUUUAUGGCUGUGCCUAGAAUGGCUUUUUAAAAAAAUUCCAUAAUGUAAAUUUCACCCAGAAGACUUCUAUUAGUGACAAAUGAAAAUAGGUGAUUUACCUAAGGUCUACUUUUCAAGCCUGUUAGGGACUGAUUAGAGAUGUUUUUACAAGGCCUUGGAAUCAGAUCUGAAAGUGCUGGAGAAUCUGGCGAUCACCAUUCAGCACAGGUAACAUUUUCUUGUAUGUUUAUGAAAUAAAAGUUGGAAAGAAUAUAAUAGAGAAAAUAUAAACAUCAUGGAAUUGAAAUUCUGAUUCUGUGUUCAUUAAUGCAGUUUUUCUUCUAUCAGAGUUUGAGAGCGGGUAACCGUGAGGGCUAGAAAACUGUGAUGUGUAAUUUCUACUCCCUUUCCUAGUUGAACAGAAAGACCAAAUUCUGUCUGAAAAACUUAAACAUGCCUUAGAGAUUGUGCGAUGUGUGGUUGGAGGUGUUUUGAAUCCCAGAGAAAAGCCAAAAAUUUACAUUUCUGCUAAAUGUUUUGUCAUUUUACCCUGAAGGUAAAGAUAUAUGUUAAUUUAUGCUUUUUUUUACCCCAACAGACAGAAAUGCUGAAAUUCAGUGUUCAAAAUUGUUUUCAGAAAAAUGUUCUGCUUUGUUCCGUCCUUUUAAAUAUGCAGAAACAUGGACUUAACACUCAGAAAAGUCUAAAUUCAUAACUACUGUUUCCAAGAUGUUUGUGGGUGUUAUGGAGCUUAGCAAACAGUAUGAAAUUCUUGCAUGACAUUAUAACAGCAAUGAACUCUUCAUAGAACUGCUUGCCUCAAUGACUGUGAAAUGUAAUGAUCAUGAAGGCACCAAUUAAAUGGAAUUCUUACUUAUAUGGUGCCUUUAUGACCUCUGGAAAUCACAAAAGGCUUUAUGGCCAACUGCUUUUGAAGUGGAAGUUGCAAUGUGCAGAAAUGUAAAAUCAUUUUGUUAUUGUUUAUGGACAUUCAAAACUGGCUGAAAACAGUAUUGGGCAAAGUUUUGCUUUUAUACUAAUUUGGGGUUAAUUGGUUUUGCUAAACUGUGCAGACAGUUAAUGUCUCAUGUUGGUUUGUUAUUUGAUCUCAUUUGAUGCAGUUGUGGGAAUUGUACAAUGUAUUACUUUGUUCAUAACUGUAGACUUCUUUUUCAAAAAAAGCGACCAGGGUUCCUGUCUCCAGCUAUUGCACUCACUGGUAGGUGUCAUUUAUAUGUGUAGAAACUGUAUGAAAUGAGAGUCAGUCUCAGCUGUUCUUCUCAAUCCCUGUGCCCUUGCAACCAGUCAUACAGCUUCCCAGUAUUCAGUACCUCAGCAUAUGUUUAAAGAAUGGUCACGUUGGCAAUGUAUGAAGGGCAAACUGUGACCAAAGAGAUGUAUCCCACUGAGUAACUAACUUCAGGAAAGGCAGAAAAUUGGGGGUGAGUGGGAAAUAAAUUUAAUAUUUUGUCCCUAUCCAAAAGGCUCCUUAUGUAAGAAUGAAAUGUGCAAGUUUCGCAAUUUGAUUGGUGCAACUUCAGACUACUUGUAAACAUUAAAAAAAUCAGCAAAACCAUUUAAAGAAUUAAAUACUGUGAAGAGACUUUAAAAGAUGAAGCUCAUAAUUUAAACACGAGUCUACCUAUGUUUUCUUCAGCGUAUUUUUCUUAUUGGUACUUUUAAUGUGUUGUAUAUUUUUCCAAUGACUUGUUCAGUAUAUUAUCUGAAAGACUAUCUAUUGUUACACUUGAGUAUGAGAGAUUGUUACACAGACUAUUUUGUCACUGUGAUUUAAUAAAUACAUGAUGUGCCUGGAGUGUUUA